CCUUUAUUUCACAAGCAACAAAAACGACCACCGGAAAAAAUGUCAGGUGGCGUUGGCCCCAGUGAUAACAUAGUCUUGAGACAAGAAACUAAACAUAAACAAUCAGAACAACCACCCAUCAAAAAAUCCCCCCUCCGCCGUGGCAUCUUAUCCUUCCAACAACUCAACGCCCUUGCCCUCGUCGUCGUCCUCUCCGCCUCCGGCAUGGUCGCCAUGGAAGACCUCAUCUUCGUAGUCCUCUCUUUCUUCUACAUGUUCUUCUUGUCCAAGGUCGCAUUCCCAACCCUCUCUCCAUCCCACAACAAACCGGUGUUCGACGACGACAACCACCUCCUCAGCCUCUACUGCUUUCUGGGAGCGGUGGUGGGAUUGUUUCUGCCGGUGGCCUACAUAUUCGAAGGAAUUCUGGAAGGUGAUAAAGAAGGGAUCAAAGCAGCGACGCCACAUGUGUUCUUGUUAGGGAGCCAGCUGUUCUUGGAAGGGGUGGCGUUCUCGGAUCGGUUCUCGUUGCCGAUGAGGGCGUUGGUGCCGGUGGUGUAUAAUUCGACGAGGAUAUUCACGGUGAUGGAGUGGGUGAAAAGCGAGAUAUCGAAGGUGGAAGGUAGUGGAAGCUUCCGCGGGAGUCAUAGAAGGUUGAUAAUGGGAAGAGUGCUGGCGAUUGCGAACAUGGUGUAUUGGAGUUUUAAUCUGCUGGGAUUUUUGUUGCCGGUUUAUCUUCCGAGAGCUUUCAAGAGAUACUACUCGGACCCAAAAAUGUCAAAGAUUAAUUAAGAUUUGAUGGUGAAUCAUAUUAAUUAAGACUUUCAUUUCUAUACAUAUAUAAUUAAUCCCUUUUUGGACGUUUGAUAGUUAGGAUGUAUA